UAUCCUCGUAGUAGCUACUUAACCAGCAGUAGCAGCAGAAGACGAAUCGAGAGAGUAAGGUAAAGGAGCCGAUCGAGAUGGCGUCCAUGAUGGGAGGAGACUUCGUGGAGGCCUACGUGCUCAGGAACGCAUACAAGGAGAAGAUGAGGCGCAUGGACGAGGCGGCGGCGGCCGCCGCAGCCGUUGAAGGAAAGAACAGCAAGGAGGGCGGCGCCGGCGGUGACUCUGCCGGAGAGAAGAAGGCCGCGGGCGCGAGCAGCAAGGGAGGGUUCUUUGGGCUCAUGAAGAAGAAGGUGCACCCUAAAGCGGCUUCUUCUUCUUGA